AUGGCAAGCGGCCUGAACCGGCUUCGAAGAGGCGAAUUCAACAAGAUCUUGGCAAUUGACAGCCUGUACCAUUUCGACAAGCCAGCCUUCUUCGGUGAAUGUGCGAAGCUGUUGCAGAUCAGAGAGACGGUGAUCUUCACCGAUGUUAUUCUUCGGGAGGAUACACCGUCCUGGGUUCGCCUCUGCCUUUGUGCAAUGGACAUCCGAUGGUCCGGUCACUGGACUGAGAAGGACUAUCGUGGCAAGCUGCAGGAAGCGGGAUUCCGCGUCAACACGUGGAAAUCGCUGGAGCCCUUCGUGCUUCAGCCCUCAUUUCCACAUGUGUUCGCCCAGUACCUGGACUACGUCGUGGUAAAGGCAGAGCUAUCGGAAUGCGCUUGGAGGCCUACGGCGGCCGUAAUUGGCUCUGGUAUGAGUGGACUAAUUGCAGCCCACCUCCUAGAAGAGAGCCAUGACGUGAUCAUCUAUGAGGCCGGUCCAAAGUGUGGCCUCGUCGGGUUGCAAGAGGAGUUGGCCCCCGGCGUCGCAGUAGACGUGCCCUUGCGUUUCAUGAUGCCGCAUUAUUACCACCACUUGCUUGGGGUUAUCAAAGAGCUGGGAAUCCCAGUUCGGGCAGUGCCGUACAAUGCCUCCUAUCAAAGGGGAGGUGACAUGCUGCUGGUCACUUCGACAAGCUGGUUGGGACACAUAUCUCAGCAUCUGAAGUACGUGCCGUACCUGGCAAAGCUCAUGUUCACGGUCUUUUUCCGCAAGGAGUUGGAGGGAGAGAGCUUCCUGGACUACAUGACACGCCAUGGCCUACACCAGCAUGAGGCCUAUCAGAUCUACAGCUUGCACUUGAGCUGGAUGUUGUCCUGCACCUACGAGCAGGCCAACAAUACACCAGCGGGCGUGAUCUUGGGCUUCAUCCGGGCUAGCAAUCCAUUGGUACGCAUGUACCAAGAGAGUGGCAACAUCAUGCGGGUGUAUCCCACCAUGCGUGCACUACAGGAUGCACUCCUGAAAGGGAAAGAUCUGAGAUUGAACUCUCCCAUCAAGCCUUUCGGUGGCUUCAGGGCGAUCGAUGGCCAGAUCUUUGAUGUGGUCGUGGUGGCCACUGACGCAGCAGCUGCUGGUUACCUGCUCGGCGGGGAGUGGAAGAAAAGGCUUGAGAGAAUCCACUACCAGAAGGGCAGCAUCGUGGUGCACAAGGACCCCUCCCUGAUGCCGCCCUGUCGCUCCGACUGGCGGACCUUUAACGUCAGGGAAGACGGACCGGGCGGCACCUGCCAAAUUACUGUCUGGUUGAAUAAGUUCUGGGGCCGCGAUGACAUCGAAGAGGACCUCUUCGAGACCUGGAACCCGGCAGAAAGGCCUGCCAGCAGUCAAACCAUCAAAGAGGUUACGCUUGGGAGGGCGACCUACACGAGUGCAAUGAAG